AUGGAUGAGCUCUUUGACGUCUUUGAGGACAAGCCUCAGGCGGUCAAACCCUCAGAGGUUGUCCCUAAGCGGGCUAAGAAAGAUAAGAGCAAGAAGCGCCAGGCCAAUGGAGAUUUAAAAACGAAUGGAAAUGCGCCUGAGAAAGAGGAUGAGGUUUUAACAGAUGCGCCUGCUGUGAAUCCCGAGUCAGCCCCCGAGACCCCCGCAGAAAGCGAGCAGCCGGAAAUAAAGCGACUUCGACUCGACCAGGAACCCAAGCCUGUGCUCGCCGACUCGUUCGAAACAGAACAAGAGCGCGAAAUUGCAGGAUCAUCUGGGUUGCAAGCAACAAAAGACCCGUCAUCAGUGGUGGUGUCGCAUCAAGUGCGCCACCAAGUCGCGAUCCCCCCCAACUACAACUACGUGCCCAUCUCGGAGCACAAGCAACCCGACGACCCGGCUAAAACAUGGCCCUUUACACUCGAUCCUUUUCAACAGGUUGCCGUCGCCUCGAUUCAGCGAGAAGAGAGUGUUUUGGUUUCGGCGCAUACCAGUGCAGGAAAGACCGUGGUUGCCGAAUAUGCGAUUGCGCAAAGUUUGAAGUACAACCAGCGAGUGAUCUACACCAGUCCGAUCAAGGCGCUGAGCAACCAAAAGUACCGAGAGUUUGCGGCCGAGUUUGGCGACGUCGGUCUGAUGACCGGUGAUGUGACCAUCAAUCCCACUGCCACCUGUCUCGUCAUGACCACCGAGAUUCUUCGGUCUAUGUUGUAUCGUGGUUCGGAAAUCAUGCGCGAAGUUGGAUGGGUCGUGUUUGACGAGAUUCACUAUAUGCGCGAUCAGAAUCGAGGUGUGGUCUGGGAGGAGACCAUUAUUCUCCUGCCCGACAAGGUUCGAUACGUUUUCUUGUCUGCCACCAUCCCCAACGCCAUGCAGUUCGCCCAAUGGGUUACGCAGAUGCACAACCAGCCCUGCCAUGUUGUCUACACCGAUUUCAGACCGACUCCCCUCCAACACUAUUUCUUCCCGGCCGGUGGCGAGGGUAUUCAUCUCAUCGUCGACGAGAAGGGCGUGUUCCGCGAGGAGAAUUUCCAAAACGCUAUGGGUAAAAUUGCGGACAAGAAGGGUGAUGACCCGGCUGAUGCUCUGGCAAAGCGGAAGGGUAAGGGCAAGGACAAGAAGUUGAACAAGGGCGGAACCAAGGGCCCGUCGGAUAUUUACAAGAUCGUGAAGAUGAUCAUGCUGAAGAGCUAUAACCCUGUCAUUGUCUUCAGUUUCAGCAAGCGUGAAUGUGAAUCAGGUGCUCUCAAUAUGAGCACGUUGGCCUUCAACGACGACUCCGAGAAAGAGAUGGUGUCCAAAGUCUUCAACAGCGCCAUCGAGAUGCUGUCCGAUGAAGACAGGCAACUGCCCCAGAUUCAGAACAUUUUGCCCCUUUUGAGGAGAGGUAUCGGUGUCCACCACUCUGGUCUGUUACCCAUUCUCAAGGAGACCAUUGAGAUUCUCUUCCAAGAAGGUCUCAUCAAGGUUCUUUUUGCUACCGAAACAUUUUCCAUCGGUCUCAACAUGCCUGCAAAGACGGUCGUGUUUACUAGCGUCCGGAAAUUUGAUGGAACAAGCCAGCGCUGGGUAACUCCAUCUGAAUUCAUCCAGAUGUCUGGUCGCGCGGGUCGAAGAGGUCUCGAUGACCGAGGUAUUGUGAUCAUGAUGGUUGGUGAAGAGAUGGAUCCUGCAGUGGCCAAGGAGAUUGUGCGUGGCGAACAGGACCGGCUCAACUCUGCAUUCCACCUGGGCUACAACAUGAUUCUCAACCUGAUGCGCGUGGAAGGUAUCUCGCCCGAGUUCAUGCUCGAGAGAUGCUUCAAGCAAUUCCAAAACACGGGAAAUGUUGCCGGCAUGGAAACCGAGGUGCAGGAGCUGAAAGAAAAGCAAGCCAAUAUCAACAUCCCCGACGAAGGGACUAUCCGGGAAUACUACGACCUCAAGAAACAGCUGGAUGGGUUCUCUGAGGAUGUCCAGGCCGUCAUCACCCACCCCAAUUACUCUCUGCACUACCUUCAGGCGGGCCGGCUUGUCCAUGUCAAGCAUGAGGGUUAUGAUUUUGGCUGGGGUGUUGUGGUUGCCAAUAAAAAGAAGGCACCAAAAAAUUCCACCCAAGAGCUUCCUCCACACAAAUCAUACUACGUCGAAGUGCUUCUCAAGAUUGCCGAGGGACCAGCAGUGGGCACCAAGACCUUCGAUGACAUCCCGAAGGGCGUUCGACCGGCGGCGGAGGGCGAACCGUCCCGCAUGGAAAAUGUUCCUCUUACGCUCAACUGCAUUCGCGCGAUCUCCCACGUCCGAAUCUUCUUGCCGAAAGACACUUCGUCCGCUGACUCGCGAAACGGCGUGAGGAAGUCUUUGGAUGAGGUUCAGAAACGAUUCCCGGAUGGCCUUGCGGUCCUCGACCCGAUUGAGAACAUGGGGAUUAAAGAUGAGUCUUUCAAGAAGCUGCUACGGAAAAUGGAGGUUUUGGAAUCUCGCCUUUUGGGUAACCCUCUGCACAACUCACCCCGGUUGCCCGAGCUGUACGAACAAUAUGCCGCGAAAGUGGAUUUGGGCACAGAGAUCAAAACGAUAAAGAAAAAGAUCUCCGAAGCUACAUCCGUCUUGCAGCUCGACGAGCUCAAGUGCCGCAAACGUGUGCUUCGUCGUUUCGGGUUCAUCAACGAUGCAGAGGUUGUUCAGUUGAAAGCUCGAGUCGCCUGUGAGAUUAGUACCGGUGACGAACUGAUGCUUAGCGAGCUCCUGUUCAACGGUUUCUUCAACAACCUGACCCCUGAGCAGGUCGCGGCUGUCAUCAGUGUCUUCGUGUUCGAGGAGAAGACGAAGGAGACCCCUGCUUUGACCCGCGACGAACUUGCCAAGCCGCUCAAGGAGAUCCAAUCACAGGCUCGGAUUGUUGCCAAGGUCUCGCAAGAGUCUAAGAUGGCAGUCAACGAGGAUGAGUAUGUCCAGAGCUUCCACUGGGAGCUAAUGGAGGUGAUCUACGAGUGGGCCCAUGGCAAGGCUUUUGCCGACAUCUGCCAAAUGACCGAUGUCUACGAGGGUAGCUUAAUCCGUGUGUUCCGGCGGCUGGAGGAGUGUCUACGUCAGAUGGCGCAAGCUGCCAAGGUGAUGGGCAGCGAGGACCUGGAGAGCAAGUUCGAGGAGGCACUCACCAAGGUGCGACGUGAUAUUGUUGCAGCCCAGUCCCUGUACCUGUAG